AUGUCUGGUGGUAAAUCUGGUGGUAAAUCUGCUUCUGGCUCCAAGUCUCAAACUCGUUCUUCCAAGGCCGGUCUUCAAUUCCCUGUUGGUCGUAUUCAUCGUCACUUGCGUCGUGGUAACUAUGCUCAACGUGUUGGUGCUGGUGCUCCCGUUUACUUGGCUGCUGUUCUCGAAUAUUUGACUGCUGAAAUUCUCGAAUUGGCUGGUAAUGCUGCUCGUGAUAACAAGAAGUCUCGUAUUAUUCCUCGUCACUUACAAUUGGCCAUCCGUAACGAUGAAGAACUUAACAAGUUGCUUGGUCAAGUCACUAUUGCUCAAGGUGGUGUUCUUCCUAACAUCCAUGCUACUCUCUUACCUGCUAAGACCAAGAAGGGUGGUGCUUCUCAAGAACUUUAAAUUUCCCCUUUAUUAUUAUUUUAUAUUUUUCUCAUUCCAUUUUGUGUCAUCUUCUUUUAGUCAUCUCGCAAUCAAUCAUGACCCUUUGAUCUCCCUCUCCAUCUUUACAAACUCCCUCUUAUCCCAUUGUUAAACAUCUUUUUAUAUAUGUACAUAGCUUUUUUUCGUGAUUAUGAAAAAGGAAUAAUAAAAACUUAUAUUUUUUUUCUUC